UCAAACUCAAGUGCCCGGGCCGGGUCGAGAAUAUUGCAAGGAUCGAGUGCUCUGGAACUCCGUGUUGUUUUGUUCUUUUGAUUAUUUCAGAGCAUUGUUGACCCAAGGAGGCUCCAGCCUUGGUUGAUCAUUGGUCUGGCAACCUACGUGCGGGGGCUUCAUGUUUAUUAUUGUGGUGAGGGAAAUUAUGUUGUGAUUUUCACACGGCACAAAUUUCAGAGGAGACGGAUGUAUUACUAUUGCCAAGUACUAAUUGGACGGAUAGAAUUUAAGACACACCCUUUUUUCGUCGCUUGGGAUUUUCGCAGGAUGUUAAUUGUUAUAUUCUUAUAUAAAGUGUAGAUUGAAUCUUUGAGCAGCCUCAAAAUUAUGUAUGCCUCGAAGCGGGUUUAACGUUACAAACUGAACACAGAGCACUAACUCUAAACGUGGGUGGAGUUCCGUCCUGGGCCGCGGUUCGGCGUGUCGCAGUACUACAAGCCAGGCCAGGCGGUGAGGUAGCGGGGGCAGGCGAGAGAGCGGUAAUGUGAGAAAGCUGGUCCGCCGCGGUUGACCUCGCAGGCAAACUCCUGGUUCAGAUCCAAAACGGCACGACCAAGAUGGCGAGCUGCAGCAACAACUAUCAACAUCGAGGGAGAUACACAUCGUGUUUAGCCGGAAGUCUGCGUCUCUCCCUGGCCGUCUUGCUGGUGUGCCGCUUCCACACUGUUCUCUCGCUCCGAGAAGGGACCACACAGUUCAAAACGCACCCCAUGCUUUAUUUCGGGUCUGAAGACGUGGAGGACCUCAGGGGCAAGGCUAAAACUACACACAAGCAUAUAGCCGACGUGAUUGCUCAGGUUGCUCCAGAAAUUCACGCCAGACCGAAAACGUACCUACCGUCGAGGGACUACGAUGUGUUCGCAUCACGGUGGAAUGAAAUCUACGGAAACAAUCUGGCUGCCCUGGCAAUAUACUGUGUGCUAUUCCCAGAGGACAGGCAGGCCCUGGACACUGCCCUGGACUACAUGGACCGCAUGGCCUCGCUCAAACAGUGGCAGGUCAAAGCCUCCAUGAAGGAUGAGGUACCCGUCGCACAUUCCCUCACAGGCUUCGCCACCGCGUAUGACUUCUUAUAUGAGCACUUUGAUGACCAACGCAGGAAAACAUACAUCAGGAAGAUUUCUGAUGUCACCAAGGAGCUUUACGACUUGUCCAAGGUUCGGGGGUGGGGUAAGCAAUACUUACAGAACCAUGUAGCCACCAACUACCUGGCUUUGCUGACAGGUAGUCUUGUACUUGAGGUCCAUGACCCCAAAGCAGUUGUAUGGAAGGAGAGAGCCAUCAGCAAGAUUGAGGAGACCAUGUUUGUUCUUAACCAUGUCGUGGAUGGCUCCUUGGAUGAAGGAGUUGCAUAUGGUAGCUAUACGUCGCGAUCUAUAACGCAAUAUGUAUAUCUAGCCCUCAGACACUUUAACAUUAGUCAUUUAGAGAACUUUUGGCUGAAAGAGCAUUUCUGGUUCUACUAUUCCACAAUGUUGCCAGGAUACCAGCGAACAAUUGGCAUUGCUGAUUCAAACAACAACUGGUUCUAUGGCCCAGAGAGUCAACUGGUUUUCUUGGACAGGUACGUUCUAAGAAAUGGCAGUGGAAACUGGCUUGCAAGGUUGAUCAGGAAGCAUCGUCCUACGGAAGGGGCCUUCAGCGCAUCAACCUCACAGAGAUGGUGCACUUUGCACACGGAGUUCAUUUGGUACAACCCAUCCCUGGGGGAGUCCCCACCCCAGGGGCACGGCCAAGCUCAGCUGCACACGUUUACAGACUGGGGAGUCGUGACGUACGGGAGCGCGCUGCCUGUCGGGGCCGACAACACCUUCCUGUCCUUCAAGUCAGGGAGUCUGCACGGCAGGGCAGUGUGGAACAUUGUGCACCGCAAGCUGUACCCAGAGAUGGUGACAGUGGGCUGGCAGAACUUCAACCCGGGACACGAACAUCCCGACCAAAACUCCUUCGUGUUCGCCCCAGCUGGACAGCUGUUUGUCACGGAGGCGCUGUACGGACCCAAGCUUACCCACUUGAACAACGUACUGGUGUUCUCCCCGUCCAAGACUAGCCAGUGCUACCAGCCGUGGGAGGGGCAGCUCGGGGAGUGUGCCAAGUGGCUGGCAUGGAAGGAAACUCUGGUGGGAGACUCUUCUGCAGAAGUCAUCACAGCAGAUCAGAAAGGUGACAUGGUGCACAUCAGUGGUGAGGCAGCACAUGCCUACCAUCCCUCCAUGGGCCUGAAGAGUGUGUACAGAAACUUGCUGCUCCUUAAUAAGGAACUGCUGCUGGUGGUUGACCACAUCGAGGUGACCCCAGAGAGCCGACUCAAACAGUCGGCCGCAUUCUUCCACAACGUGGACAAGAUAUUCCAGACCUACAAGUUCCACCACUACAGAGGAGCCAAGGUGGAAACGCCUGUGGGAGAUCUGCGGAUGUUUUGGGUUAGCGAUGGCGGGGAUACGCCCUGGCCGAUGCUGGAAACGGAGCAGUACCCGGCAGAGUACCAGAGGAGAAUCACACAUUAUGUUAACAUCACCAUGUCCCUGUCCAGACCAACCACCCGUAUGGCCUAUGUUCUCAUGGGACCCAACCUCAAGAUGGAGGAGUUCAAGUUUGUGGCCAGUGAGCGAGAUGGAGUACAAAUGAUGCUCAAAGCUAAUGGAUCAGCGUACCACGUUUCCAUGGCAACCAGGCACCAGGAUCCUGUUGCCAGGGCAACGUACUUGGGAUUUCCCGGUUAUGCUCAUGUAGUAAAGGAUGGGAGGAAGGUGAGGUUUGGAGUGAAAGAAACGGAAAUGACAGUGGCAGGAGCCACAACCGAGAGACCCUUUCAGCUCGGGGUGUCCUUUAAUGUGUUCUUCGUCAUCACCCUUAUUUCGAUUUCCCUUGUCAUUGUCUUGAGGCAGAUGCUGACCUCCCAUCAAGCCACAGUAUUUCACUAUGUCUUCCUCACUCUUACAAUUUUAUGGCUCAUGUGUAUCAUUGCUGUGUGGACAGUUUGUCCCGUGUCCAUUUGUCCCUCUGCUGAUGAUACUAGUACUGAAGGUCUACGCGAGUUGUCAGUCAAGGACACAACCCUUCCAAGAGUUGUUAUAACCUCUCUCCCAGGGUCAGGGAGCGAUCUCCUCAGCCAAAUGUUUAUGGAGAAUCCAGACUUCUUGUACAUCCAGGUACCGUCCAAGUACGUCGGAGUACCACGAGUGGAGUUUGAAGCUGGUUCAUUUCUGGAUGCUUGUGAGUGGCUAACAUCUGAUGCAGCUUCGCAAAGGUUUCCACUGCUUGAGGGUUGGUUCCAGUCUUUUACAAGGGACCCUAUGCUGCAUCUGCACCGACAACAGAUUAGGCACCCAGCCGGGCGCAAGUUACAGGGAGAGGAGUUCAAGAAUUGGUUCAAAGAAACAAAACACCUUGCAAAUUCAGGAGGAGCUCAAAAGGGUGUCAAAAAGAGGAGUGCCAAAAAGAAGCCAACCAAGAAUGUGGAGAAGCAAAAGGAUUCAGAAGUGGCAAACUCAAGAAAAAGUGAGGGCGAUCGACUAAGAAUGGCGAGAUCUACUACUGAUGCUUACGAAGCUGAACUCACGGGUUUGUUACAGAGACUGGACGACUUCCCCAAUGCUCAGGCAGUGAUGCACUUGGGCAGCGGGAGUUGGACGUUGAAAAUGCAGUGGAUGUAUAGUGUGCUGAAGUCCCAGAGUAGGAUUAUACACGUGAUCAGAGACCCCAGGGCAUGGGUACACGCCAUGACAGCAAAGGACUCUCUUAUGUACAAGGAGAAACGUAUACUGGAACAGGUCACUUCCAUGUUUCAGAAUGACAACAAGUGUGGGCUGGAGACGGGAUACGCAUUUGAGUUUGAAAAGCUGCGUCUAGCUAUGGUGGAUGUUAAACUGCAACCCCACAAACUUCUGGCUCAUGUGUGGGCUGCCAACAUGGCUGCUGUACUACGGCUUAAACAGGCUCUCCCCACACAAAACUAUAGGCUACUAAAGUUUGAGAACAUUGUAUCCGAUCCCCUUGGGAGCACAGAGAGUUUACACAGAUUUAUGGGGGUGCCUGUCCCCCCUGCCACAGUGCACAGAAUGGUACAGGCCACAAGAGUUCAGAUGUACAGUUUACCCUUUGAGGAAGGACUGACUCUGGACAGUUUGAACCUGUGGAAAAGAACUAUGCCGACCGAGCACCUCCAAGACAUUGAAGAGAUCUGUGGACCAAUCAUGCGUGAAUUAGGUUAUAUCACCAUCAUGACGUGAUUAUCAAUGCUCAGUAAUGCCAUACAAGGUACAUUUUGUACAAAUGAUAAUGCUGUCACCAUGUACCAGGGGUGCCUAAGCAGAUAUUAUGAAAUUUGUAUGAAUUUUAUGUAAAAUACAUGUGAAAUUUAACAAACCAUAUGAAAAAUGCACAAAUCACUAUGCGAAUUUGUAUAAAUCUUGUACAAAAAACACACAAAGCACUAUAGGACAAUAUAUGAAUUUUACAAAAAACCCUUUCAUGCAAACCGACCAAAAAGCCCCACUGGGAGAAGAUACAUUUCUUAGUGUUUCUACCCACUAUACAUUGACUUGAAAGCCUUGGAGAAGCUUAUGCCAUCACGAAGACACAUUUGAUAGCCUGUGAACUACUCUUUGCUGCAUCUUGGUAUGAGUGUUAUCCUAGUUUGAUAAAACGUUAAUGUAGUUUACCGGGCUCCCAUACUCUCCCCGCCCCAGUAUACUAACCAAGACGCUACUCAGGCUUGCAUUUUGGCAUCACCAUUUCUUCUCCAGCUUCUGCAGCUUGAGCCUGUAUGACUUUUGGUUUCAUCAUGGAGGUUAUGGUUUCAUAUAAAGUGCCUAUUUUUCAUAAAAUUUGUACAAAUGCUUAGGCACCCCUGGUCAUGUAGAUUAUGUAGGUUACUGGUAAACUAUAACAGUUAUGAAAUCACAAUGUUCCUUGGACCAGGAGGGAGGGACGAAUAUCUCAGCAUACUUCUCAAGUGCCCAAAUAUUCAUGUCCCAUCAUAUUUUAUUCCAUCAAUUUACCAGUAACGUUAAGUCAAAACAUCUACUACAAUUAUGCAAUUGUUUACUAUUAGUUUUAUAUACAAGCAGCACUGUUACCUUCUAUUUGAUUCCAAGGCAGUAUUGUAUAUUAUAAUGACAUUGUGUAAUAAUAUUCCAUAUGAAUAUAUAUGUACAAUAUAUUAAAUAGCAAUACACAUGACAAUGGGUACAAUGUGAUGUUAGUUAUUGUAAUCAUGUAUAGAUGAUUUGAUGUCUAGAGAAACUUGAAUGUAGGUGCCUAACUCUCCAAUCAUUUCUAUGAAAUGUAGUUAGGCAGAUGUAGCUUAUCUAGAGUACAGUAUUACUGCAAGGUAAAGGCAUAUGGAUAUUUGGAAGAUAUAUUUGGAAUAUUACGCAAUGUAAUAUUGGGAAUCAGAGUUCAACUGUAACUUCUAACACAAAAAUUGGGCUUAUCAAAAUCUAUGGCUGACCAACUCCAGUCUUUGUCAAGGUUUGAGCAAUCCACUGUUUUCAUGUUAUGCAGAUAUAACAUGUGACUCGAUGAGCAGUGGAUCAUAAGUUGCAGACAGUCUAUGGUACCCCAUCUCCGUUGACGAAUGAUCAUAAAGCCCUGAAAUCCUCCAAUUUUGUCUGCCAAAAAAGUCGGAUUCUGUGUCCAGUAUAUUGUCCAAUGAGACCAAGUGUCUAACUCUAAAGCUACUGUACAUGUAUGUGUGCUGAAACUUCUGAGGUUGUUGAACUUGGGGUUUGUGUCUUGAAGGAACCUAGUCUUAAGUGAUCUGGAUCUUUCAGUCCAACUUUUCACAGAAGGCUGCUCAUUCCUUUAUAAAGACUGGAGUAGAUGUGUCGAAAAUUUGGGUAACUAAAAUUUUUUUCUGUUGGAGGUCAUAGUUCAACUCCAGAAUGACAUUGCUUAUGUUGAUGAAAUUCAAGGUACAUGUAUUAAUGUAAAAUAAGUUCAAUGGAAGAGAGAUUACCUAGUUUAUGAGAAUACCAGAAUGAUAUGAGAAUGAAAAAUAUUGUAUCAAUGUAUCUUACACAAAUUCACACUUAAGCCUUUGCCCAGAAACUUUUAAAAUAUGAUGUUACAGACAUU